AUGCAAAAACUAUCUGCGAACCAAAUUCGCCAAAUGUGAAGCGAUUUCUUUGCUCGCCACGAGCACCUAGUUUUACCUUCCAGUUCUCUCAUUCCCCACCGCGACCAUUCGUUGCUUUUAAUUAACUCGGGCGUGGCGACGUUAAAGCCAUUUUUUACCGGCCAAACUUUGCCGCCGGCACCAAACCUUGUCAAAGUGCAAAAAUGCAUCCGCACUAACGACAUUGAAAACGUGGGCAAAACGGCGCGCCACCACACUUUUUUUGAGAUGCUGGGCAAUUUUUCGAUCGGUGGUUACUUCAAAAAAACAGCCUUAGAAUUAGCGCACCAGUUUAUCUUUGAGGAGUUAAAACUUCCCAAGGAGCGGAUCUACAUCACUUACCACAGCGAAGACUUAACUACUUACAACAUUUGACGUGAGCUCGGCAUCAAAGAGCAACACCUUGUGGCCGGCAGCCGGGAAACUAAUUUUUGGGAUUUAGGCCAGGGGCCAUGCGGACCAGACACGGAAAUUUUCUACGACCGCGGCGCUAAGUUUGAUCCCCAGCGGCAAGGCAUUAAACUUUUGGAGUCCGACAUUGAAAACGACCGCUACCUAGAAAUUUGAAACAUCGUUUUUUCUGAAUUUGACAACGAUGGUCAAGGUAAUUACCAAGAGCUGAGUCAAAAAAUGAUUGACACGGGCGCUGGAUUAGAAAGGUUGGCGGCCAUUUUUCAUGAUGCGUUAACCGAUUUUGAAACCGACUUAUUCUUGCCCAUUAUUGCCGCCGUGGAAAAACUUAGUCCCUUUGCUUACGACCCUCAGUCAAAGGCCGAGUCCAAGCGUAAAAUCACCCAGGCUUACCGCGUUAUUGCCGAUCACAUUCGCGCGGUUGUCAUGGCGAUCCAAGACGGCGUUAUCCCGAGCCGUACGGCUCGCGGAUACGUGAUUAGACGUUUGAUUCGCCGCGCUUACCACGCCGGUUAUAAACUGGCGAUUAAAUCCGAAUUAUUUCUGAGUAAACUUGUCGGCGUAGUCGCUAAAACACUGCCAGUUUACCCAGUUGAGGUCAGCCGAGUGCGCGAAAUUAUUGCUAAGGAAGAGCGUCUGUUUGCCCGCACCAUGGUUGAAGGCGAACAGCUACUGCUGAACUACUUGUCAAAGCAAAACCACGUUGACUCGCAACUAGCUUUUAAACUUUUUGAAACUUACGGAUAUCCGCUAGAACUAACCGAAGAAAUUGCGCGUGAGCACGGCGCUAAGGUAGACCUUAGUCAAGUUGAAGAGUUAACUCGCGUUCACCAACAAAAAUCGCGCCGUCAAUUCCAGUCUGGUUUUGAUCCCGCUCGGUACCAAGGCCGUUUGCCGAGUAAAAAAGUGUCGCGUUUCAUCGGCUAUGAUCACCUGAGCGCCGAGUCGGAGGUUGUCUUUCAAACUCAAGCGGGCGAUAAGUGGUUAGUAGUGACGCGGGAAACACCUUUUUAUGCGACGAGUGGUGGUCAGGAGCACGACCAAGGAACGCUGAACGGCGUGCUAGUCGAAAACGUUUUUAAAGAUAAACAUCAGAACCACAUUCAUGUGUUAAACCAGCGGAUUGAGGAUGAAAAGGUUCGUUUGGAGGUUGAUCCAAUUAUCCGUCAAAAGGCGGCUCGCAACCACUCAGCUACCCAUUUACUUGGCAAAGCGCUAGUGGAAAUUUUAGGCGCUAGCGUGCAGUUAGGUUCCGAAAAUAACUACCGCCGUCUCAGACUUGAUUUCCCGCAUCCUAGCCGUCCCAGCGCCGCGCAAAUUAGCGCGUACCAACCGAUAGUGAGGGUGGUGGACUUUGGCAUUUCUAAGGAGCUUUGCGGCGGAACUCACGUUAGCAGCACAGGUGAAAUAGAGCGCUUUAAAAUUAUCCGUUUGGAUUCUAAGGGAUCGGGAGUGUACCGGAUUGAGGCGAUUACAUCCAAUGAGACCAUUUCCGACUACGAGGAUCAAGAGCGCGGUAAAAUCCGUGAGCAGGUCGAGCAACUUGUUAAAAAAAAUAAGUCGCUGGAUCCUGCUUAUCAACUUAAAUUUUUGCUUGGAAAAGAUUCGAUUAUCGCGCCAAAGUUAAUUGAAACGCUAACAAAUGAUUACAAACGUUUAGUCAAAAAACAGCGCAAAAGCCAAGCGCAAAUAAAUGUUGUUUGGCAAACGAUGGAUUACCAAGGCAUGCCGACUUUUAUGAAGUUGGACUUUGCACCUCAAGUGGAUCUAAAAAGCUUGGCCGUCCAACUUCGCAGUCAACACCCCGAAUCGCUGAUCAUAGUUGGUUCGGCCGUUGGGUCAUCAACUAAGGUAGCGCUUGCUUCGCAAACUUUUGACUGUCAGCAAAUUUUUACUAAACUGCUCACUUUACACGGCGGUCGUGGUGGCGGUCAAAAGUCUUUGGCAAUGGGAAUCAUCAACGCCUCUAAGUUGAUUUAA